CUGCCCUUUCAUCUUUGAUCCUAGAUUCUCUCUUUAUUCCUCACUUACUCCCUCAUUCCUGCAAAGACCCACCUAAACUCCACUUCUCUUGUGUUUGGAGCACUUUACACGAGGACGGCUACGUUUGUUUUAAUAUCAUCUUAGUUUGGACUAUGUCCUCCUCAGCUGUGAUGCACUCGACUGUCAAAUCACUUUUGUUAUGCAUUUGUGGUAAGACUGGUUUGUGACGUGAUCCUCAUUCAGUGGGUUUAGCAGCUUCGUGUAAAUUUUGUAUGAUAGCAUUUUUGCUUGUCCAAUAAAAGUUAACUUGUUUAAUAUAAAAACAGUUCACUGGAACAGACAAGAAAGCAACACUCCAGGACACUCUCAGAUUUGUUUCUACAGUAUGUAAAAAUCAAUGGGUUUAUUUUCUGCACACUGUUUUCUGGCAACAGUGAUACACAAAACAGAAAAGGCUAAUCAAACACAAUGAUAAUACUAAAUGAUAAGAUAAAAAAUGGGUUUGGUGUCUCAUAUUUCAUGUAAUUCUUUUGUGUGGGGAGGAGCGAGUUAAGGGAGGGUCUUCCUAGGAUAUAAAAGAAGGCCAGCUGCUAAGAAUAGUCCUGUUUACCUUUGCAUACUAUGUUGUGGACAGGAACAUAUUAAUAGAUCAAGAGUGAAGGGAGCAGCAAAACCGACAUCUUCCUCUUCAGAGAUGGAUGUGGGAAUGUUGGAGAUCCCGGCAGACCUGUCGGCCAGAUUACGCAGUGCAGCAGGACGUCCUCAAGGAUCAGGAGUAACAGAAGUAGCUCUGCCACAGAUCAAAGCAGAACACAACCUCGCAUUGCCCCAAGACAUUGACAGACACCCUUUCUCCCAAUAUGCCAACACAGUCCUAAAGGACGGAUGGUGCCAGCCGCAAAGUUAUCCGCUUCAGAAGCCUCUGACGCCUCUGGAUCCUGAUGAUGCCCGUACAGCUCUAGAAAUCUAUAAACUGAUCCUGCGUUUCACAGGUGACUCUGAUCUGACAGGAUGGCAAGAGCAGAUGUUAGGGAACUAUAUUGUGGAGAAGAGCCAAUUACGGCCCAGCAUCAGAGAUGAGAUUCUAGCACAACUGGUGUACCACACUUGGGACGGGGAUAAUGAAGAGAGUGACCUGCGGGGCUGGUUGCUCCUGGCCUGCUGUCUGAGUGCCUUCACACCCUCUCCCGCCUUGGAGAAACCCCUGCUCAAGUAUGUGUCUGACCGAGGUCCAGGGGAGUAUCGCUCUCUGUGCCAGCACAAGCUCCUCACAUCCCUCCAGCUCCCCUCCCCGGCCUGCAGACGGCACCCUCCGAGUCAACUCGAGUGGACAGCCAAUCAGAGGAAAGGAAAGAUGGUGGUGGAGGUUAACACUUUCAAUGAGGAAAGGUUAACUGUGGAGGCGGAGUCUUGGACCACAGGAGAACAAUUGGCCUCUUGGCUUCUUAGCUACAGGGGUCUGAAAGAAGCUACACGGGGCUGGUCUGUGUCUCUGCUGGCUGGGGAGGGCUGGAGCGACCUGGCUGGCUGUGAUUUUGUAAUGGAUCUCUUGGCUGGAGUGGAGGCUGAUGUGCCUCUGGGUCACCCAUCCGCUCAAACCGAUUACUUCUUUAGCAACACAGGCGACAGUAUGGCAACCACCGACCUGGAUGACUUCAUACCACCUGCUCCCUCCAUGCAAGCCCCUGGUUUCCCCUCCUUUGAAGCGUCCCCAUGGGACACCUAUGAACCCUCUUCCACAUCCCAGGGAUCUCGAGGUCGACAGAUGGAUGCUUAUGUUGAUGACCUCUUUGAUUCUGUGUUUGAUCAGGGUCCUCCGGACUUUGAACGGAUGGCCAUGCUGAAUCGCAGAAUGAGGGGAGGCGGAGGUAUGAUGCCCGGCAUGUACACCGGAGCAGGAAUGCCAAUGAAUCCCGCCAUGGCUGGCUAUGGUGCCACACCAAUGAUGCCGAACAUGAUGCCUACUAUGCCCAUGAUGCAACCAUGCAACGUAAGCAUCCUGCUGAUGUUGUUGCUUCUCCUGCUAACAUAA